AUGCAGGUUCCCCGGCCGCUGCAGCAACUCUUCGACCACUUUCCACUGCGGACCUACGGAGCCAACGACUUGCCUGACAGGUCGCAGCGACUCACCUCAAGCGACCUUCCCACUCUCUAUGUUUUCUCCACCGACUCGGACGCCCGGCUAGGCCUUCCGAGCUUCAAUCCGGCCUGUCUCAAGUGGCAGACCCUUCUUCGCCUCGCCGGCCUCGAAUUCCGCAUCCUUCCUUCCACCAACCACGCCUCUCCCACUGGCUCACUUCCCUUCCUCCUCCCGCCGCGCACAUCCUCCACCGCCUCAUCGCCGCCAAUCCCCGCCUCCAAGCUCCUCGCCUACGCCCGCCAACACACCUCCGCCGAACUCGACCCAGAGUUCCCCCUCCGCUCACAAGCCUACCUCUCCCUCGUCACCCUCUCCCUGCGAAACGCUUGGAUCCACGCCCUGUACCUCGACCCCUCGCACACGGCGCUCCUCCAGCGCCUCUACGUCCGCCCGGCCUCGUCCUCGCGCGGCGUGCAGGCGACGCUGCUGUACCAGCUGCGCCGCGCCGCCGCCGAGCAGAUCGCAAACACCGCCGGCUCCAGCAGCAGCGCGGUGCUCUCGACGGCCGCCGCGAGCAGUGCCGACGCCAUCGACGAGGAGGCCGUGUACGCCGCGGCGCGGGACGCCCUGGCCGCUUUGGCGAGCUUGUUGCGCGAGAGCCCGACGGGGUGGUUCUUUGGGGCCGAGAGGCCUGGCAUGUUUGACGCGAACUUGUUUAGCUAUACGCAUCUGAUGAUGGAGUUUAUGGGUGAAGAGGAUGUCUCUGUUGUGGAAGCGGGGGGCGGGGCGUUGGGGAGGAUGGUGAAAGAGGCUGGGAAUGGUGAACUCGCGAGGCAUAGGGACAGGAUGUUGGCGGUUACGUGGCCG